AUGGAGAGUUCCAAUGAAGAGAGGAAGGAAGGGAGGCUCACCCUCCUGCUUGCCCUGGCCACCCUGAUCGCCUCCUUCGGCUCCUCCUUCCAAUAUGGGUACAACGUGGCCGUGGUCAACUCCCCGUCAGAGUUCAUGAAGCAGUUUUACAACGACACCUACAGUGACAGAACUGGAGAGCUCAUUGACACCUUCGCUUUGACCUUGCUGUGGUCUGUGACAGUGUCCAUGUUCCCCUUCGGAGGCUUUAUCGGGUCCCUCCUGGUUGGCCCCCUGGUGAAUAAUUUGGGCAGGAAAGGAACCUUGCUGUUCAACAACAUCUUUUCCAUUGUGCCCGCCAUCUUCAUGGGUUGCAGUAAAAUCGCCAAGGCCUUUGAGCUUAUCAUUAUUUCCAGAUUUUUAGUGGGAAUAUGUGCAGGUGUGUCUUCCAACGUGGUCCCUAUGUACUUAGGGGAGCUGGCCCCUAAAAACCUGCGGGGGGCCCUCGGGGUGGUGCCCCAGCUCUUCAUCACCAUCGGCAUCCUUGUAGCCCAGCUGCUUGGUCUUCGGAGUAUCCUCGCCAACGAAGAAGGCUGGCCCAUCCUCCUGGCGCUGACGGCGGUCCCCGCCGUGCUGCAGGUCCUGCUGCUCCCCUUCUUSCCCGAGAGCCCCCGGUACCUGCUGAUUCAGAAGAAAAACGAAGAAGCUGCCAGGAACGCCCUGCGGCGGGUGCGCGGCUGGGACGAGGUGGACGAGGAGGUGGAGGAGAUCCGGCGGGAGGACGAGGCGGAGCGGGCGGMGGGCUUCAUCUCGGUGCGGAAGCUGUUCCGCCUCAAGUCCCUGCGCUGGCAGCUCAUCUCCAUCAUCACCCUCAUGGCCGGCCAGCAGCUGUCCGGCGUGAACGCGAUCUACUACUACGCGGACCAGAUCUACCUGAGCGCCGGCGUGCAGGCCAACGACGUCCAGUACGUGACGGCCGGCACCGGGGCCGUCAACGUGUUCAUGACCUUGUGCACUGUGUUCGUGGUGGAGCUCUGGGGCAGGAGGCGUCUGCUGCUCCUGGGCUUCUCCACCUGCUUCAUGGCCUGCGUUGUGCUGACCGUGGCUCUGGCACUGCAGGACACCGUCUCCUGGAUGCCCUAUGUCAGCAUUGCCUGCGUCAUCAUCUAUGUCAUAGGACAUGCCGUCGGGCCCAGUCCCAUCCCUGCGCUGAUCAUCACUGAGAUCUUCCUGCAGUCCUCCAGGCCAGCUGCCUACAUGAUCGGGGGCAGUGUCCACUGGCUGUCCAACUUCACUGUGGGCUUGGUCUUCCCCUUCAUUCAAGUGGGCCUCGGUGCUUACAGCUUCAUCAUCUUUGCCAUAAUAUGUCUCCUCACCACCGUCUACACCUUCUUCAUUGUCCCCGAGACCAAGUCCAAGACCUUCAUCGAGAUCAACCAGAUCUUCGCCAACUUGAACAAGGUGUCGGGAAUCCACCCGGAGAAGGAGGAGCUGAAAACCUUUCCAUCGGACACUUCAAAGCAGCAGUGA